UCCAACAUGGAGGUGAAGAACUUUGAAGUUUGGGAUUAUGUUGUAUUUGCAGGCCUCUUUGUCAUUUCCUCAGGAAUUGGAGUGUUCUUUGCCAUAAAGGAGAGAAAGAAAGCAACAUCUCGGGAAUUCUUGGUUGGGGGAAGGCAAAUGACCUUUGGCCCAGUAGCUUUGUCCCUGACAGCCAGCUUUAUGUCUGCUGUGACUGUUCUGGGGACUCCAGCAGAAGUCUACCGUUUUGGGGCAUCAUUCAUUCUUUUUCUGAUUGCUUAUGCGUUUGUCAUCUUCUUCACAUCUGAGCUCUUUCUCCCCGUGUUCUACAGAUCUGGCAUCACCAGCACGUACGAGUAUUUACAACUGCGAUUCAACAAACCAGUUCGCUAUGCAGCAACAGUCAUCUACAUUGUGCAGACGAUUUUAUACACAGGUGUGGUGGUGUACGCCCCUGCUCUGGCACUCAAUCAAGUAACUGGGUUUGAUCUCUGGGCAUCUGUGUUUGCAACAGGAAUCGUAUGCACAUUCUACUGUAGCCUGGGAGGUUUAAAAGCGGUGGUGUGGACAGAUGCAUUUCAGAUGGUUGUCAUGAUUGUGGGCUUCUUAACAGUUCUCAUUCAAGGAUCAAAUCGUGGUGGUGGAAUCCACAAUGUAUUAGAGCACGCAACGAAUGGAUCUCGACUACACGUAUUUGACUUUGAUGUAGAUCCGCUCCGGCGACACACUUUUUGGACAAUUACAGUGGGAGGAACUUUUACUUGGCUAGGAAUCUAUGGAGUUAAUCAAUCAACCAUCCAGAGAUGCAUCUCUUGCAAAACAGAGAAGCAUGCUAAGCUUGCCUUGUAUUGUAACUUGUUGGGUCUCUGGAUCAUUGCGCUGUGUGCUGUCUUCUCUGGCUUGAUCAUGUAUGCCCACUUCAAAGACUGUGACCCUUGGACUUCUGGUGUUAUUUCAGCACCAGACCAGCUUAUGCCAUAUUUUGUCAUGGAAUUAUUUGCUACUAUGCCAGGACUCCCAGGACUUUUUGUGGCUUGUGCCUUUAGUGGAACUCUAAGCACAGUGGCUGCUAGCAUCAAUGCCUUAGCAACAGUGACCUUUGAGGAUUUUGUCAAGAGCUGUUUUCCACAUCUCUCCGACAAGCAGAGCACAUGGAUCAGUAAAGGCUUAUGUCUUGUAUUUGGUAUAUUGUGCACCUCCAUGGCUGUGGUCGCCUCCUUCAUGGGGAGUGUUGUUCAGGCUGCCCUCAGCAUCCUUGGCAUGUGUGGGGGACCGAUGAUGGGUUUAUUCACUUUAGGGAUCGUGUUCCCUUUUGUGAACUGGAAGGGUGCACUAGGAGGCCUCCUUAUAGGAAUCACCUUGUCAUUUUGGGUAGCCAUUGGGGCUUUUGUUUACCCUGCACCACCCUCUAAGACAUUGCCUUUACCUCUAUCGAUAGAGCAGUGUGUCCAAUCAAAUAUAACGGCAACAGUAGCUCCUCAGCUAUCCAGCAGACCUGCCUUAGCUGAAACCUGGUACUCCCUCUCCUAUCUUUACUACAGUGCAGUGGGCUGCCUGGGAUGCAUACUUGCUGGAAUAAUCAUCAGCUUCAUAACAGGUCGGCAAAAAGGCCAGGAUAUUGACCCACUUUUAAUUAGACCAGUUUGUAAUUUAUUUUGCUUUUGGUCUAAGAAAUACAAAACUCUGUGCUGGUGUGGAGUCCAGCAUGACAGUGAAACUGAGCAAGAUUACCUUGACCAUGGCAGCGCCUGGAAACAAGGGGUUGAAUCUGCCCUACAGAAUGGACUCAAACAAGAAGGUUUGGCCCAGAUUCCAGGCUACAACCCCAAGGACAAAAGUUACAGCAACAUGGCACAAGAGAGGAUUACUAAUUUCUAGGACAAUAUAUGUA